UCUGAUUCAGAUUCAUUAGAUUCAAUAGAUUCGUUAUCCUCUGAUUCAGAUUUAUUAGACUCUGAUUCAGACUUAUUAUUCUCUGACUCGGAUUCUUUGUUCUCUGAUUCAGAUUCGUUAUCCUCUGCUUUAGACUCAUUAUUCUCUGAUUCAGAUUCAUUAGAUUCAAUAGACUCAUCAUUUUCUGAUUCAGAUUUAUUAGACUCUGAUUCAGACUUAUUAUUCUCGGGCUCGGAUUCUUUGUUCUCUGAUUCAGAUCCGUUAUCCUCUGCUUCAGAUUCUUUGUUCUCUGAUUCAGAUUCAUUAGAUUCAAUAGAUUCAUUAUUCUCUGAUUCAGAUUUAUUAGACUCUGAUUCAGACUUAUUAUUCUCUGACUCGGAUUCUUUGUUCUAUGGUUCAGAUUCGUUAUCCUCUGCUUUAGACUCAUUAUUCUCUGAUUCAGAUUCAUUAGAUUCAAUAGAUUCGUUAUCCUCUGAUUCAGAUUCAUUAGACUCUAAUUCAGACUUAUUAUUCUCUGACUCGGAUUCUUUGUUCUCUGAUUCAGAUUCGUUAUCCUCUGCUUUAGACUCAUUAUUGUCUGAUUCAGAUUCAUUAGACUCUGAUUCAGACUUAUUAUUCUCUGACUCGGAUUCUUUGUUCUCUGAUUCAGAUUCGUUAUCCUCUGCUUUAGACUCAUUAUUCUCUGAUUCAGAUUCAUUAGAUUCAAUAGAUUCAUUAUUCUCUGAUUCAGAUUUAUUAGACUCUGAUUCAGACUUAUUAUUCUCUGACUCGGAUUCUUUGUUCUCUGAUUCAGAUUCGUUAUCCUCUGCUUUAGGCUCAUUAUUCUCUGAUUCAGAUUCAUUAGAUUCAAUAGAUUCGUUAUCCUCUGAUUCAGAUUCAUUAGCCCCUGAUUCAGACUUAUUAUUCUCUGACUCGGAUUCUUUGUUCUCUGAUUCAGAUCCGUUAUCCUCUGCUUCAGACUCUUUGUUCUCUGAUUCAGAUUCAUUAUCCUCUGCUUUAGACUCAUUAUUCUCUGAUUCAGAUUCAUUAGAUUCAAUAGAUUCGUUAUCCUCUGAUUCAGAUUCAUUAGACUCUGAUUCAGACUUAUUAUUCUCUGACUCGGAUUCUUUGUUCUCUGAUUCAGAUUCGUUAUCCUCUGCUUUAGACUCAUUAUUCUCUGAUUCAGAUUCAUUAGAUUCAAUAGACUCAUCAUUUUCUGAUUCAGAUUUAUUAGACUCUGAUUCAGACUUAUUAUUCUCUGACUCGGAUUCUUUGUUCUCUGAUUCAGAUCCGUUAUCCUCUGCUUCAGAUUCUUUGUUCUCUGAUUCAGAUUCAUUAGAUUCAAUAGAUUCAUUAUUCUCUGAUUCAGAUUUAUUAGACUCUGAUUCAGACUUAUUAUUCUCUGACUCGGAUUCUUUGUUCUAUGAUUCAGAUUCGUUAUCCUCUGCUUUAGACUCAUUAUUCUCUGAUUCAGAUUCAUUAGAUUCAAUAGAUUCGUUAUCCUCUGAUUCAGAUUCAUUAGACUCUGGUUCAGACUUAUUAUUCUCUGACUCUGAUUCUUUGUUCUCUGAUUCAGAUUUACUAGAUUCAGUAGAUUCAUUAUUCUCUGAUUCAGAUUUAUUAGACUCUGAUUCAGACUUAUUAUUCUCUGACUCGGAUUCUUUGUUCUCUGAUUCAGAUUCGUUAUCCUCUGCUUUAGACUCAUUAUUCUCUGAUUCAGAUUCAUUAGAUUCAAUAGAUUCGUUAUCCUCUGAUUCAGAUUCAUUUGCCCCUGAUUCAGACUUAUUAUUCUCUGACUCGGAUUCUUUGUUCUCUGAUUCAGAUUCGUUAUCCUCUGCUUCAGAUUCUUUGUUCUCUGAUUCAGAUUCAGUAGAUUCAAUAGAUUCAUUAUUCUCUGAUUCAGAUUUAUUAGACUCUGAUUCAGAUUCACUAGAUUCGGUUUUAGGUUUGUUAGACUCGGAUUCAGAUUCAUUACGCUCUGCUUUAGACUCAUUAUUCUCUGAUUCAGAUUCAUUAGAUUCAAUAGAUUCGUUAUCCUCUGAUUCAGAUUUAUUAGACUCUGAUUCAGACUUAUUUUUCUCUGACUCGGAUUCUUUGUUCUCUGAUUCAGAUUCGUUAUCCUCUGCUUUAGACUCAUUAUUCUCUGAUUCAGAUUCAUUAGAUUCAAUAGAUUCGUUAUCCUCUGAUUCAGAUUCAUUAGACUCUAAUUCAGACUUAUUAUUCUCUGACUCGGAUUCUUUGUUCUCUGAUUCAGAUUCGUUAUCCUCUGCUUCAGAUUCUUUGUUCUCUGAUUCAGAUUCAUUAGAUCCAAUAUAUCCAUUAUUCUCUGAUUCAGAUUUAUUAGACUCUGAUUCAGAUUCGCUAGACUCGGUUUUAGGUUUGUUAGACUCGGACUCAGAUUCAUUACGCUCUGCCUUAAACUCAUUAUUCUCUGAUUCUGAUUCAUUAUCCGCUGCUUCAGAUUCUUUGUUCUCUGAUUCAGACCUAUUAUUCUCCGACUCGGAUUCUUUGUUCUCUGAUUCAGAUUCAUUAGAUUCAAUAGAUUCGUUAUCCUCUGAUUCAGAUUCAUUAGACUCUAAUUCAGACUUAUUAUUCUCUGGCUCGGAUUCUUUGUUCUAUGAUUCAGAUUCGUUAUCCUUUGCUUUAGACUCAUUAUUCUCAGAUUCAGACUCAUUAGACUCUGAUUCACAUUCAUUAGAUUCUGGCCCAGAUUCAUUAGACUCUCCUUUAGAUUCCUUAGACUCGGAUUCAGGUUCAUUAGGCUCUGGUUCAUAUUCAUUACCCUCUGAUUCAAAUUCAACAGACUCCGCUGUAAAUUCAUUAGCCUCUGAUUCAGAUUCAUUAGACUCUCCUUUAGAUUCAUUAGCCUACGAUUCAGACUCAGUAGGCUCUCCAGUAGUACCAUUUUUAUCUGAUUCAGACUCACUAGACUCUGAUUCACAUUCCCUAGUUUCCGAUUCAGAUUCAUUAGAGUCUGCUUUAGAUUCAUUAGCCUCGGAUUCAGGUUCAUUAGGCUCUGGUUCAUAUUCAUUACCCUCUGAUUCAAAUUCAACAGACUCCGCUGUAAAUUCAUUAGCCUCUGAUUCAGAUUCAUUAGACUCUCCUUUAGAUUCAUUAGCCUCUGAUUCAGACUCAGUAGGCUCUCCAGUAGUACCAUUAUUCUCUGAUUCAGACUCACUAGACUCUGAUUCACACUCCCUAGUUUCCGACUCAGAUUCAUUAGGGUCUGCUUUAUAUUCAUUACCCUCUGAUUCAGGUUCAUUAGACUUUGACUUAGAUUCAUUAGACUCGGAUUCAGAUCCAUUAGGCUUAUUUAAAAAUUCAUUGGAGUCUGAUUCAGAUUCAUUGGACUCUCCUUUAGAUUCAUUACCCUCUGAUUCAAAUUCAACAGAUUCCGCUGUAGAUUCAUUAGACUCUCCUUUAGAUUCAUUAGCCUCUGAUUCAGACUCACUAGACUCUGAUUCACAUUCCCUAGUUUCCGAUUCAGGUUCAUUAGAGUCUGCUGAUUCGUUUACCUCGGAUUCAGGUUCAUUAGACUCUGGUUCAUAUUCAUUACCCUCUGAUUCAAAUUCAACAGACUCCGCUGUAAAUUCAUUAGCCUCUGAUUCAGAUUCAUUAGACUCUCCUUUAGAUUCAUUACCCUCUGAUUCAAAUUCAACAGAUUCCGCUGUAGAUUCAUUAGCCUCUGAUUCAGAUUCAUUAGACUCUCCUUUAGAUUCAUUAGCCUCUGAUUCAGACUCAGUAGGCUCUCCAGUAGUAUCAUUAUUCUCUGAUUCAGACUCACUAGACUCUGAUUCACAUUCUCUAGUUUCCGAUUCAGGUUCAUUAGACUCUAACUCAGAAUCAUUAGACUCUGAUUCAGAUUCAUCUACAAAAUUAUUAGACUCUGAUUCAGAUUCAUUAGACUCUGGCUUAGAUUCAUUAGACUCUGAUUCAGAUUCAUCUGCAAUUUUAUUAGACUCUGAUUCAGAUUCAUCUACAAAUUUAUUAGACUCUGAUUCAGAUUCAUCUGCAAUUUUAUUAGACUCUGAUUCAGAUUCAGCUGCAAUUUUAUUAGACUCUGAUUCAGAUUCAUCUGCAAUUUUAUUAGACUCUGAUUCAGAUUCAUCUGCAAUUUUAUUAGACUCUGAUUCAGAUUCAUCUACAAAUUUAUUAGACUAUGAUUCAGAUUCAUCUGCAAUUUUAUUAGACUCUGAUUCAGAUUCAUCUGCAAUUUUAUUAGACUCUGAUUCAGAUUCAUCUGCAAUUUUAUUAGACUCUGAUUCAGAUUCAUCUGCAAUUUUAUUAGACUCUGAUUCAGAUUCAUCUGCAAUUUUCUUAGACUCUGAUUCAGAUUCGUCUGCAAUUUUAUUAGACUAUGAUUCAGAUUCAUCUGCAAUUUUAUUAGACUCUGAUUCAGAUUCAUCUGUAAUUUUGUUAGACUCUGAUUCAGAUUCAUCUACAAAUUUAUUAGACUCUGAUUCAGAUUCAUCUACAAAUUUAUUAGACUCUGAUUCAGAUUCAUCUGCAAUUUUAUUAGACUCUGAUUCAGAUUCAUUAUUCCUUAAUUCAGAUUCGUCAUUCUCUGAUUCAUUAGACUCUGAUUCAGAUCCAUUAGACUUAUUUAAAAAUUCAUUACACUUUGCUACAAAUUUAUUAGACUCUGAUUCAGAUUCAUUAGACUCUGGCUUAGAUUCAUUAGACUCUGAUUCAGAUUCAUCUGCAAUUUUAUUAGACUCUGAUUCAGAUUCAUCUGCAAUUUUAUUAGACUCUGAUUCAGAUUCAUCAACAAAUUUAUUAGACUCUGAUUCAGAUUCAUCUGCAAUUUUAUUAGACUCUGAUUCAGAUUCAUCUGCACUUUUAUUAGACUCUGAUUCAGAUUCAUCUGCAAUUUUAUUAGACUCUGAUUCAGAUUCAUCUGCAAUUUUAUUAGACUCUGAUUCAGAUUCAUCUGCAAUUUUAUUAGACUCUGAUUCAGAUUCAGCUGCAAUUUUAUUAGACUCUGAUUCAGAUUCAUCUGCAAUUUUAUUAGACUCUGAUUCAGAUUCAUCUGCAAUUUUAUUAGACUCUGAUUCAGAUUCAUCUGCAAUUUUAUUAGAUUCUGAUUCAGAUUCAUCUGCAAUUUUAUUGGACUCUGAUUCAGAUUCAUCUGCAAUUUUAUUAGACUCUGAUUCAGAUUCAUCUGCAAUUUUAUUAGACUCUGAUUCAGAUUCAUCUGCAAUUUUAUUAGACUCUGAUUCAGAUUCAUCUGCAAUUUUAUUAGACUCUGAUUCAGAUUCAUCUGCAAUUUUAUUGGACUCUGAUUCAGAUUCAUUAUUCCUUGAUUCAGAUUCAUCAUUCUCUGAUUCAUAUUCAUUUGACUCUUAUUCAUAUUAAAUCGAUUCUGAUUCAGAUUGACUAUUCUCUGAUUCAGAUUCAGUAGACUCUUGCAAAGCGCGAGGGGAUCUCUUGAGGCUGAUAUGAAAUGCAUUAAAAUUUAGAGAAGAAAAUUGUAAAUCAGAAUAUUGACUUUGAAUGUAAAUAUAAUAUUCAACCAGUGUAAUUUUUUUACUAUUUUUUAUUCGCGUGCAUCGGGCAUCGAAUUCAGUAACUAGUUUAGUUGGAAAUUGGUUAAAAAGAAAUAAAAUUUCCUGAAAACGUACUUACAUUCAAUCCAUUAAGUGUUUAAGGUAUAACGAAGAAGUAAACAAAAUCCACGUGAGUCAAAAGAGGAUAACCUGUUACGACGAUGACGAGUUAGUUCCGCAGAUCAUUUGAAAUUACUUUAUUGCAAUCAAAGACAAGGGAAUCGGCAGCAUGGUUUUGAAAUUGAGAUUUGAAAAAUGCGAGCCAAGAAGCACCGAGACAUUGGUUACUCCUAAUAAACUCAGGCUUAAGAGCCCAUUGCAUUCGAAGCUCUGGAAGAUAAAUAGGUUGAUAGUCAAAAAGGAAAGUAGAG